AUGGUUGCCCAGGGCUACGCAUACUCCGUGCAUGGAGCUCACCGCGUGCCCUGCCCCCUGUCAUCAUGUGGCAGAGUUGCAGUGAAGAACUCCAGCUGUGUGACCACCUUCAUGAUGAUGGGACUUUCUGAUCAACCUAACUUGCAGGUCCUGCUCUUCAUUUUCUUCUUUUGUAUCUACAUUGUGGCUUUGAUUGGAAACGUGGCCAUCAUUGCCGCCAUCCUUUCACAUGCCAAACUUCACACACCCAUGUAUUUCUUCCUCUUUCACUUGGCUAUAGUGGACAUAAUCUGUACCUCCACCAUCAUUCCUAAAAUGCUGGGGAACAUAGCAACCAUCAGUAAGAGCAUCUCCUAUUCUGGCUGCAUAGCUCAACUCUAUUCAUUCACAUGGUGUUUGGGUGCUGAAAUGGUGCUCUUCACUGUCAUGGCUUAUGACCGCUAUGUAGCUAUAUGCCACCCUUUGCGUUACACCCUCAUGAUGAACAAGAAGGUAUGCAUGUUUCUUUCCACAGUGGUGAUCUUUGUAGCCGUUAGUAACUCAUGUGUUCACACUGGCCUGAUUAUGAGGCUCACCUUCUGUGGACCCAAUGGUAUCAAUCACUUCUUCUGUGAGAUUCCUCCACUUUUGGCUCUAUCCUGCAGCCCGGUAAGAAUCAAUGAAGUCUGGGUCUUCACAGCAGACAUUAUCCUAGCUAUGGGAGACUUCUUGCUAACAUGCUUAUCUUAUUGCUUCAUUGUAAGGGCAAUCCUCAAAAUCAAGACUUCUGAAGGAAAGAAAAAGGCCUUCUCUACCUGCUCUUCUCAUGUUAUAGUUGUGUCCUUAUAUUACUCCACUGUCAUCUACACUUAAGCCUCCAGCUACAACUUUGAUAGGGACAAAGUAGUUGCUGCCCUAUACACCCUAGUUACACCAACACUGAAUCCUAUAGUCUACACUUUGAGAAAUAAAGAGGUAAAGACAGCUCUCAAAAAAGUCUUAUUUAUAACAUGA